UCCCUCAAAAAGAGCCAAGACAGUCCGAAUUUAAGUCUCUGUUUGUAAGAAUUCCAGGACUUCAAAAGCAAAUAUCAGAAACCACGUAAAAGCCUGUCAGAUGUUUUGUCCUUAGAAAGGUUUAGGGAAUAGGAAGUCAUAAAAGCUUUUAAAUUCAUUUUCUUUAGUCAGAAGACUAGAAGUACAAGGGUCUAGAGGGGCUGCCCUACCUGACAUUCUUGCACUUGCUGUAAAUAAUAGUGACCUACCUGUAAAUAAUUUCCCCCAUAAUCCAGACAUCUAUACACUAAGUUCAGUCAUUGCUUUCUUUAGAUGGGUUCUCUAAGAGUUAAGUGUGAUCUGUGAAUGGUAGUUGAGAUAAAAACUAGAAAAAAGGAAAAGAAACUGUCUUUAAAAGAAGUGGCUCCAGUUUCCGUUUACAAGCCUGAAGGGUUGUUGCACAUAUUUAAACUGCUGCAUAGCUCCAUCCCUGGUCAAAGAAUACCCUCCUCCUACCACCCCCACCCCACCCCCGUGGACACUGAAGAUGUCAGAUCUCUGGGAAACAGCAGUUAGAAAAGGAUGCUUUUCAUAGCUUGUACUAGAAAACACUGGCACCCCCAUCACUGCUUAAAAUAGCACUAAACUGAGUCACAAUGCAGGAAGCUAUACCUUCUGUGUCUCUUCAAUAGAAUCUAGCUCGUUUCUACUGAAAUGCUAAAUAAUACUGCAUAGCUUUGCCCAUGUAUGUGACAUGUCAAUUCUUCUAAUCCCCCGUUUGCCCUAGAUAAUUUUACGCUUUAUCCAUCAGCGUGCCACGCAAGAUAGAAAAAUGCAGUUAACAAGAUGACAGUGUUAGCUAGGUAUUUGGCAUCGAUAUUAGUGAGAGUCUGUCAUUUGACAAUUAUUUCCCUAGCAUACCAGACGGGUAAAGAAAAUGUUUUCAUUCAUCCGCAAAUGACUAACAUUUUAUUGAUGUUUCAAAAUGCGGUUGAAACUAUUGCACUCUCAAUUUCCGAGUCGGUUUUGAGAGUUAAGGCAGAAUACUAACAUCAGUGACUCCUGCCGCAAAUGUCUCCGUUAACUGCCCAGCCUUGGAGUGCCAGUUUAGCAGGGAGGUGUUGCUAGUUAAGAUUCUUCUGUAAGCCAGUCUGGGUGGUCACAGGUGAUGGGAACCCUUCCCUUUCCCCAUAUAUCCCCGUGCAUGGCGAUAAAAAUCACUCUGAACACUGCUACCACCAAGUAAAACGACUCCCUGCCUGCCUCGUAAAGAGCUCAGUCUGCGGAGGCAGCCGGAUGCUGACCCCUGCAGAGAGUAUUGCUUCGGUGCGCUUUGCCAAAGGACUCUGCUAACAUUACGGAAAACGAGUUACGGACGUGUGAGGUUUUGCUUUAUUUCCUCCAAAGGAAGAAGAACUGGGAUCUGGCAAAGAAUAUCUUCUUCAAACACUGCUAAAGGGGGAUGGGGUGGAGGAAGGGAAAAAGUGUGUGAGGGGGAGGCAGCUUAUUUUUUAAUUACUUAUUUCCCAUUUUCACUUCCCCGCUCUGCUUCCCAAACUCCUCGCUGAACAAGAUUGAUUGGUGUAACUGCUAAGGACUCAGCCUCGGUUCUCGCAUUGAUUUGCAAAUGGCUCGGAAAAGCUUAGGGAUCUUGAAUCUGGAAAUGAGUUCAAGAAGGAAAGAAGAAAAAAGAGUAGGGGUGGCCCCACGCCUAGUAUCUCCUUCUGCCUUGGGCCAGGGCAGGGCUGAAAACAGCCCGGCGAGCUGCGGAGAGGCUGCUGCGUGGGGAAGCGGAGGUUACCGCUCUGCACCGCGGAGGAGCAAGCCUGUUCAACGCGGUUUGGAGGCUGUUAAGAAAUACAACCCUGAGACUCGUUAAACCCCUUAACUCUGCCCUGCCUUGACUCGGAUGCGCCGAUUAUUCGGCCUGAUAGGCUCAAAUGGGUUAAACUGCCUCUUACAUAACUGGACUGCCCGGCUCUACACAAUUAAAACACUUGAUUGCAGUCUUUUCCCGACUCUACAUCCCAGCACGACCCGCCCCGUCCCUCCCAGCGCGCCUGCGUGCCGCUCGUGCACAGGCCCCCCGCCCCCCCGCGCGCACGCUGGCCUGCGCGCGUACGACACGCUCUCCAUCACACACACACUCCAUGUUGACCAUAAACAAUCCCCUACUCACACACACAACUUAGUGUCAACACCCACAGAUAAAAGAGGGGCGUCCUGCAAUCCAUACGGGCCGACCCCCACAGACACGCAAGCUGCUCUACCGCAAGGCCUUGCACCUCCUCGUGUCCCCGCAAAAAAGCUGCGCCCCGCCACCGUCCCUACCUAUUCCCGAGAAAACGCAGAGAGAACUAGUUGGCUGCUCGUUAACUGCAGCGUAGCCACCCAGGCAAGAUUCGAAGAAAAUGAAAACAAACAAACAAAAAAAUAACUCACAGUCGCCGGCGUCAUGAUGGCGCCGACCACAACUUGGAGGACUUCAAACUUACGGUGCCUCGAGAGGUAAAACGCACCGGUGAGGGAAGGCAAAGCGCCCCUCAGCUCUCUUCACCCCAGCCCCGACACGGAGACUUUUCUAGCAAAGCAUCCCUGUAGCGCUUACGACAGUAAGGAAAGCCUUCAUUCUAAGGUGCCUCUCUUUCCCCCUCAGAUUGCAUAAUUGUGAUACAGUUCCUCCUAUUUUUUUCGUUGUCUUUCUUUUCUUUUUUUUUCUUGCUAUAUUUUUUCUUUGUUUUUUUUAUUAUUUUUUUAAUCCCCCCCCUUCUCCAUCCCCAGUCCCCUGGCGGGGUUGCUAAGGAAACGGCCGCUUGGCAACGCGCGCGAGCCCGGGGGCCGGGGGCCGGCGGCCGGCGCAGCGCCCCGCACUGCUUCUGCUGCUGCUGUUGCUGCUGCUGGUGCGAUUGCAGUCGCCGCCGCCGCUCGCCCUGCCUCCUCCGCCGCCGCCGCGCCUCCUCCCUCACUCGCCGGCGCGCUCGCCUCCUCGCUAGAUGGUGUGCGAGCCGCCCGAGAAUUAGACACACUCCGGACGCGGCCAAAAGCAACCGAGAGGAGGUGUAGUGUGGUGCCAGGGGGAGGGAGGGGAGGGAGGGAGGGAAAGCGAAGAGGAGGAGGGGAGGCAAAAACACCGAAAAACAAAAAGAGAGAAACAACACCCAACAACCGGGGGGGGGGGGGGGAGAAAGAAAGAAAAGAAACCCACCCACCCACCAAAAAAAAAAAAAAAAAAAAAAAAUCCUGUGGCGCGCCGCCUGGUUCCCGGGAAGACUCGCCAGCACCAGGGGGUGGGGGAGUGCGAGCUGAAAGCUGCUGGAGAGUGAGCAGCCCUAGCAGGGAUGGACAUGAUGCUGUUGGUGCAGGGUGCUUGUUGCUCGAACCAGUGGCUGGCGGCGGUGCUCCUCAGCCUGUGCUGCCUGCUACCCUCCUGCCUCCCGGCUGGACAGAGUGUGGACUUCCCCUGGGCGGCCGUGGACAACAUGAUGGUCAGAAAAGGGGACACGGCGGUGCUUAGGUGUUAUUUGGAAGAUGGAGCUUCAAAGGGUGCCUGGCUGAACCGGUCAAGUAUUAUCUUUGCGGGAGGUGAUAAGUGGUCAGUGGAUCCUCGAGUUUCAAUUUCAACAUUGAAUAAAAGGGACUACAGCCUCCAGAUACAGAAUGUAGAUGUGACAGAUGAUGGCCCAUACACGUGUUCUGUUCAGACUCAACAUACACCCAGAACAAUGCAGGUGCAUCUGACUGUGCAAGUUCCUCCUAAGAUAUAUGACAUCUCAAGUGAUAUGACCAUCAAUGAAGGAACCAACGUCACUCUUACUUGUUUGGCCACCGGGAAACCAGAGCCUUCCAUUUCUUGGCGACAUAUCUCCCCAUCAGCAAAACCAUUUGAAAAUGGACAAUAUUUGGACAUUUAUGGAAUUACAAGGGACCAGGCUGGGGAAUAUGAAUGCAGUGCGGAAAAUGAUGUGUCAUUCCCAGAUGUGAGGAAAGUAAAAGUUGUUGUCAACUUUGCUCCUACUAUUCAGGAAAUUAAAUCUGGCACCAUGACCCCCGGACGUAGUGGCCUGAUAAGAUGUGAAGGUGCAGGUGUGCCGCCUCCAGCCUUUGAAUGGUACAAAGGAGAGAAGAAGCUCUUCAAUGGCCAACAAGGAAUUAUUAUUCAAAAUUUUAGCACAAGAUCCAUCCUCACUGUUACCAAUGUGACACAGGAGCACUUUGGCAAUUAUACUUGUGUGGCUGCCAACAAGCUAGGCACAACCAAUGCGAGCCUGCCUCUUAACCCUCCAAGUACAGCCCAGUAUGGAAUUACCGGGAGUGCUGAUGUUCUUUUCUCCUGCUGGUACCUUGUGUUGACACUGUCCUCUUUCACCAGCAUAUUCUACCUGAAGAAUGCCAUUCUACAAUAAAUUCAAAGACCCAUAAAAGGCUUUUAAGGAUUCUCUGAAAGUGCUGAUGGCUGGAUCCAAUCUGGUACAGUUUGUUAAAAGCAGCGUGGGAUAUAAUCAGCAGUGCUUACAUGGGGAUGAUCGCCUUCUGUAGAAUUGCUCAUUAUGUAAAUACUUUAAUUCUACUCUUUUUUGAUUAGCUACAUUACCUUGUGAAGCAGUACACAUUGUCCUUUUUUUAAGACGUGAAAGCUCUGAAAUUACUUUUAGAGGAUAUUAAUUGUGAUUUCAUGUUUGUAAUCUACAACUUUUCAAAAGCAUUCAGUCAUGGUCUGCUAGGUUGCAGGCUGUAGUUUACAAAAACGAAUAUUGCAGUGAAUAUGUGAUUCUUUAAGGCUGCAAUACAAGCAUUCAGUUCCCUGUUUGAAUAAGAGUCAAUCCACAUUUACAAAGAUGCAUUUUUUUCUUUUUUGAUAAAAAAAGCAAAUAAUAUUGCCUUCAGAUUAUUUCUUCAAAAUAUUACACAUAUCUAGAUUUUUCUGCUCGCAUGAUAUUCAGGUUUCAGGAAUGAGCCUUGUAAUAUAACUGGCUGUGCAGCUCUGCUUCUCUUUCCUGUAAGUUCAGCAUGGGUGUGCCUUCAUAAAAUAAUAUUUUUCUCUUUGUCUCCAACUAAUAUAAAAUGUUUUGCUAAAUCUUACAAUUUGAAAGUAAAAAUAAACCAGAAUGAUAAAGUUAAACCAUACACUAUCUCUAAGUAAUGAAGGAGCUAUUGGACUGUAAAAAUCUCUUCCUGCACUGACAGUGGGGUUUGAGAAUUUUGCCCCACACUAACUCAGUUCUUGAGAUGAGAGACAAUUUAAUAACAGUAUAGUAAAUAUACCAUAUGAUUUCUUUAGUUGUAGCUAAAUGUUAGAUCCACCAUGGGAAAUCAUUCCCUUUAAAAUGACAGCACAGUCCACUCAAAGGAUUGCCUAGCAAUACAGCAUCUUUUCCUUUCACUAGUCCAAGCCAAAAAUUUUAAGAUGAUUUGUCAGAAAGGGCACAAAGUCCUAUCGCCUAAUAUUACAUGAGUUGGUAAGUGCUCAUCAUUAAUUUUGUUUUGUGGCAGCUAAGUUAGUAUGACAGAGGCAGUGCUCCUGUGGACAGGAGCAUUUUGCAUAUUUUCCAUCUGAAAGUAUCACUCAGUUGAUAGUCUGGAAUGCAUGUUAUAUAUUUUAAAACUUCCAAAAUAUAUUAUAACAAACAAUCUAUAUUGGUAUGUAGCAGACCAAUCUCUAAAAUAGCUAAUUCUUCAAUAAAAUCUUUCUAUAUAGCCAUUUCAGCUCAAACAAGUAAAACCAAAACCCAUCCUUUAUUUUUUCUUACAUGAUGCAUGUAAGAUGUGAUCAAAUAAAGACAAAACACCAAUGAUGAUAAUAUCUUAAGAUAUGCUAAUUAUCAAAUUAUUGUGAAUGUUAAAUUUUUUCUACUAUAAAGAAGCAAAACUACAUUUUUGAAGGAAAAUGCUGUUACUCUAAACAUUAAAUUACAGGAGUAGUUUGCUGGUUUCACUCCUUAUUAAGAAAGACUAUCACCUUGAAAGCCAUUUUACAGGUUUGAUGAAGUUACCAAUUUCAGUACACCUAAAUUUCUACAAAUAGUCCCCUUUUACAAGUCAUAACAAAAAAGACCCUACAAUAAAAUUAGAUACAAGAAAUUUUGCAGUGGUUAUACAUAUUUGAGAUAUCUAGUGUGUUGCCCUAGCAGGGAUGGCUUAAAAACUGUGAUUUUUUUUUCUUCAAGUAAAACUUAGUCCCAAAGUACACCAUAAAUCAAUUUUAAUUAGAAAAAUGAAUCUUAAAUGAGGGGACAUAAGUAUACUCUUUCCACAAAAUGGCAGUAAUAAGGCAUAAAGCUAUAAAUCUACUAACUGUAAUAAAUGUACGACAUUAUUUUGACUGAUACAUAAAAAAGAGUUUUUAGAACAAAUAUGGCAUUUAACUUUAUUAUUUAUUUGCUUUUAAAAAAUAUUCUUUGUGGAAUUGGUGAAUAAACUGUAAAAUAUUAUUUUGUAUUGCAGCUUUAAAGUGGCACACUCCAUAAUAAUCUACUUACUAGAAAUAGUGGUGCUACCACAAAAAAUGUUAACCAUCAGUACCAUUGUUUGGGAGAAAGAAACAGAUCAAGAAUGCAUAUUAUUCAGUGACCACUUUCCUAGAGUUAAAAUACCUCCUCUUUGUAAGGUUUGUAGGUAAAUUGAGGUAUAAACUAUGGAUGAACCAAAUAAUUAGUUCAAAGUGUUGUCAUGAUUCCGAAUUUGUGGAGUCUGGUGUUUUUACCAUAGAAUGUGACAGAAGUACAGUCAUAGCUCAGUAGCUAUAUGUAUUUGCCUUUAUGUUAGAAGAGACUUUCUUGAGUGACAUUUUUAAAUAGAGGAGGUAUUCACUAUGUUUUUCUGUAUCACAGCAGCAUUCCUAGUCCUUAGGCCCUCGGACAGAGUGAAAUCAUGAGUAUUUAUGAGUUCAAUAUUGUCAAAUAAGGCUACAGUAUUUGCUUUUCUGUGUGAAUGUAUUGCAUAUAAUGUUCAAGUAGAUGAUUUUACAUGUAUGGACAUAUAAAAUGUCUGAUUACUCCAUUUUAUCAGUCCUGACUGUACAAGAUUGUUGCAAUUUCAGAAUAGCAGUUUUAUAAAUUGAUUUAUCUUUUAAUCUAUAACAAUUUUUGUUAGCUGUUCAUUUCAGGUUAUAUUUUCUACAAGUUCCACUUGUGGGACUCCUUUUGUUGCCCCUGUUUUUUUUUAAAGAAGGAAGAAAGAAAAAUAAGUAGCAGUUUAAAAAUGAGAAUGGAGAGAAAAGAAAAAGAAUGAAAAGGAAAGGCGGUAAAGGGGAAAAAAAGGAAGGAUGGAAGGAAUGAAGGAAGGAAGGGAGGAAGGGGAGAAGGUAGGAAGAAAGAAAGGAUGAGAGGGAAGGCAGAAUCAGAGUAUUAGGGUAGUUAACUUACACAUUUGCAUUCUUAGUUUAACUGCAAGUGGUGUCAUUAUGUUUUACAAUGAUCGCAUUUGAAACAUAAGUCCUAUUAUACCAUUAAGUUCCUAUUAUGCAGCAAUUAUAUAAUAAAAACUACUGCCCAAGUUAUAGUAAUGUGGGUGUUUUUGAGACACUAAAAGAUUUGAGAGGGAGAAUUUCAAACUUAAAGCCACUUUUGGGGGGUUUACAACUUAACUGAAAAAUUAAUGCUUCAUCAUAACAUUUAAGCUAUAUCUAGAAAGUAGACUGGAGAACUGAGAAAAUUACCCAGGUAAUUCAGGGAAAAAAAAAUAUAUAUAUAUAUAUAAAUACCCCUACAUUUGAAGUCAGAAAACUCUGAAAAACUGAAUUAUCAAAGUCAAUCAUCUAUAAUGAUCAAAUUUACUGAAUAAUUGUUAAUUUAUCCAUUGUGCUUAGCUUUGUGACACGGCCAAAAGUUACCUAUUUAAUCUUUUCAAUAAAAAUUGUUUUUUGAAAUCCAGAAAUGAUUUAAAAAGAGGUCAGGUUUUUAACUAUUUAUUGAAGUAUGUGGAUGUACAGUAUUUCAAUAGAUAUGAAUAUGAAUAAAUGGUAUGCCU